AUGUUCACUGGUUUUAAUUCUAUUCUAUUUGUCAUAUGUCUUUUUGUGCUCAUACAAAUUAAUCAAGGAUCUCAUCGUCAUCAUCAAUCUCAAAUUUUUCGAAAAUAUCGGCAUAUUUCGCUACAUGAUGAUAAUCAUCAUAAUUCAUCAUUGGAAUCAUCAACAAAAAAAGAAUCAAUUCUAUUAUUUCAAAAUGAACCUGUACCAUUGGCGUCAUCAGUCGUUGAUGAUCUUACUACUCUUGCAUCAGCUGUCUAUAUAAUCUCUUUGAUUGUUAUUAUUUUUGUUCUUCUUGCUUGGAUAACUCAUUACAAUGCUCCAUGUUCAUCUGUUAUUGCAUCUAUUUUAAGUACUAUCACUGGUUUACCUGAACCAAUUAUUCAUUCAGUUGCUCUUUGUGGUUCAUGUUGUAUGUGGUGUGAAAGAACAUGGCUAUUUCGUCGUAUUCAUCAAUUUAAUAUGUGGAUAUCAUGUAAGAUCCAACAAUUCAUAUCAGGUACAUGUAAAGUUUUGUAUGACACAAUUUGUCCUUGUUGUCGACCACCUGAUACACCAUCAAAUCGAUCUAUCAUUGGAUCAUUACCGGCUGGUAUCAUUGCAAUGGUUCAAGUACCUGAUACUCCUAAACCAUCACCACCUAAAACUCGUGUGACAGGUAAAGAUUAG